AUGAUUUAAUAAACUAAAGAAUAUUAAUAGAACAAAAGGCUUAUAGAAGAAAAUUAGAAAUUAGAAUUGGUUGUACAAUGUCUCAAUAGGCAAAUUUCAAAUUUGACCUAGUUUGUUGAUAAAUCAAAAAAACUUCAAGAAACUGUUAACAAGCUCAAUUAAGAGCUAACUAACCUCAAAAAAGAUAAUUUCUCUUUGCAAGAAACUCUGUCGGCUUUCAAAUUAAAGCACAGUUAGGAGAAUGUAUAAAGUUUUGAGGAUUAACAGUAAAAAAUAAUUGAAAAUGUGAAACAACAUUAUGAGGAGGAAUUGAAUAAUUUGAAGUCGGAAAAUCAAAAAUUGCAUGCAAUUAUUCAAGAAUUGAAUACUAAAUCAACAACUUCACUUUAGGUUUCUGCAACAAAGUUGGUAGAGAUUGGAAAUAAAAUAGAUAAAAAAUUAGGUGAGAAAAGUCAUCGUAGAAUUUUGAGCAAUCCAACUCUUUAAUCACCGAAAGGAAUGUCACAAGAAAUAUAUUAAAAUUUGAUCUAAUAACUCACAAAUCAGACAGAGGAGAAAUCUAUUUUAACUUCCAUAUCUAAAACUAAGCUUUAGGAUUCUGGUCUUUUUACAAAGUCCUAACCAAAAAUAAUCCCGCAUCUUGGGAUAAACAGCAAUUAAUUUGAAUAAUUGUUACCAAACCUUGUAAACGUUAUCAAAAAAUGA